AUGCGACCUAUGCGCAUAAAAUUGACUUGUAUGCGAAGUUGUAAGUCCGAGCGUUGCACAUGGGAUUUUUAUCAUAAAUCUGAGUGUCGCAUUUUGAGUACUUCCCCUGUUAGUCAAAAUCCUGCGUCGAUUACAGCUGAAUUCUGUCAAUUAUACUGCGACCCGACGUGCUGCUUUUCCAAGGCCAGCAUUGUUAAGCAAUGCAAUUGGGACUUUCCCAAUGUUUACGACUACAAUUCCACAUCCCUCAAUAUUCAACCUCUGUUUUGGUAUGCGGUUUCUGAUGACUCUGUCGGAGUCUAUGCCAAAGAAAAGAUGGACCUGAAAAUGAUGCGCGGACAACUCGUUCUUGAGGACUACACAUUCGCACUGAGAACCCUGGGCUCAUUUAACUGGGCUGCAGAACGAGAGAAUGCGCUUAUGUAAGUGUCAGUAGUUUUUCCUUUUUAUACUUAUUAAAUGUGUGAGUGCAACUAAAAAAGAAAGACUUUAUGUUUGCAGAGCUCAUAAUGUUAUCGGCCUUCGUCGACGAGCCGACGGCUCUUCUUUUGUGGAGGAUCUUCACAAAAGCGGCUUGAUCUCAACGCCAGUACUUUCAAUAUGCCCCUCGUCACAUUAUGGUUUUCUCCGCAUGCAUUUUGGAGGCCUAUGUACAGACUGCCUUAAAGAAGAACAUCAUUUUGUUCCUCUUGUUGAGGGGACUCUGGAAUACAUGGUAGACGUUCGAUCCGCUGUAGUUUUUGACUACGAGGUACACCGGAAACAUCGAGUGAGUUUAAUGUGUGAGCGCGCGGACUAAUGUGGCAAAAGGGCACGCACGGCAACCCGACGGUGUUUAUUGGUUUAUUUAGGUUCGGCCAGUAUCGAGCCGGCGCGGCCCCAAACCAUGCCAGGCUUUAGCCUCAAAAUCUCCUCGAGUCGGAUUGCUUGUCGCACAAAGCCACUUCACGAGGCUUUUUGGCCCUGCCUUUUAGUAUCUAUUCAAUUCCAUCUUAAAGCUUCAGAUGAUGUUUUCGGAGUCGAACAUUCUCUACGUUCCUCAUGAUCUUUUAAUGUAUCUUCUGGAGGAAAAUAUCCUUAAAAAUCACAGGUUUACCGAGUACAGAUUCUUAAAAAAAAUUCCGUUCAAGUUCCAGUGGAAAAUGACCGACGCGUUUUCCAUUGAUCUCAACACAAGCACUGUGAUAAACGUCCUGCCAUACUUUUGGUCUGUAGAAAUCGAGACGUUGCAACCAAAUCCUGAUGAUGUGAGAUGGAUUUUGAGCAAUGGCCUCUUCUCCGAAUACGGUCUUGCGCUGGAUUAUGGGGAGAAGCGGAUUGGAUUUGCGAGAAGGAAGCGUGAUAUUGAGUGUUAG